CAUACCCUUGUUCUUGCAAGGCGGCCAACUUGUAAAUAUUAUAACGUAAGUUUUAAUGCGUGUUUAACGUUUUUAAAAUUGCAUUUUCCGGCUUUUUCGACUGAAAUUUCCAAAAUAAUUCGUAUUCUACGUAAAAUUACGUUGGUCAAGUGAUAGUUACAAGUGUUAACGGUUUCGUGAAGUGUUUGGCGAGUGAUGUUGAAAGUAAACUUCGACUGUUAUCUGAACCAUUUUAGAAGCGUUGAUUUCCAUUCGAUAUUUGAUAAUAAUAAUACUUGAAUAGUGAAAUUACUGGUGUUUUUGUUCUUAAACUUUGUAUAAGGAUUUGCACAUUUGCCAUCAUGGAUGCAGAUUUAUUCGAUAUCAUCGUUACCAACGGAUUAUUUAUUUAUUAGCAUUUUGUAGCUGAGAUUUUUUCAAAUUGGAUAUUGAGGUGAUGCGGUCUGCUGAUGGCAAUCAAUUUUUCAGCGUCUAUUGCCGCUUAUCUUGCUGGUCUGAAACCGCCUCGUCAGUUUAUGUACUGUAUUUCUCAAGAGAAUGGUGCGCCGUAUGUUUUUCAUAACAAAGAUGGAAUGGAGAGAAUACAAGGGUACGGACAACCAGGUUCACAAUGGGGUCCAAUACCGCCCCAAAAUGCGCCACCCAAUGGCUACAAUUUGGCUCCUCAACAGCACCAGCAGCAAUCUCAGCAAACUUCCAGUUCGAUCCAACCUCAGCAUCAACAGUCCGGUCCAGAUAGUCCGGAAAGUCGCACAAUCCCCGUCGCUUCGUCCGAUAAAAGUAACGCAUCUCAAAGCGAACCGCAACGUCAGUCACAAUCAUCGAUUACGUCACCGGCGACGUCUCCUUAUCCAUCGGCUAAUUGCUCAGUGACGGGCGGCGACGACGAACAACUGGCCUCCCAACAGACAUCGACGAAUUCGCCGGAUACGCACGGUAGCGACGGUUCCGAACGUAACGCGGCUCACUGCGACAUGUCGUCGUACUACUCUCGAAACCACGUACUGAGUCCGGGCAGCUUUAUGUCGUACCUGAAGCAACCGGGCGUGAUGUUGACGCCGUUGAAUCCGGCCGAGGUGUCCGGCGACUUCCCUAACAUACCGCCGGAGUUGCUAAACCAGCAGAACGGAGGCGCCGGCGGAGCUAGCGGCAUCGGCAGCGGUUUAGGUAAACAUCAUAAAAGUUCGGCCGGUAGUAGCGGCGGCGGUGGUGGCGGCGGCGCUACUAACGAUUCCAGAAUGUUUAAAUGUCUGUCUUGCGGUAAAGAUUUCCGCCAGAAAUCCACGCUACUUCAGCACGAGCGCAUACACACCGACAGCAGACCAUUCGCUUGCGCGGAUUGCGGCAAACGGUUCCGUCAGCAGAGUCAUCUCACGCAGCACAUCCGCAUACACGCCAACGAGAAACCGUUCGCGUGCCUGUACUGCGACCGAACGUUCAGGCAGCGAGCCAUACUGAACCAGCAUAUGCGAAUUCACUCGGGUGAGAAGCCGUAUGUGUGCGCUGAGUGUGGAAAGAGGUUCCGUCAGAAAGCCAUCCUUAAUCAGCACAUACGUACUCACCAGCAAGACCAAUACCCGGCCUCUUGUCCGACUACGCAUUUUUUGACGGCCAUCGGCGACGAUGACGUUGAUGCUGAUGCCGAUGAAGGGCGCGGCGGCGGCGUUCAACGCCACCGCGGCGGCGGUAGUGGUGGUGGUAGUGGUAAAAAACUGGCCGACAGCAUCUACGGCGAUGAUGGUCGUCGGGAUGAGAGAACUGACGCUGCUCUUUCCACCACUCUUAAACUAGGCAAUAAAGAUACCGGCUCUCAUUUAAUUUACAAAAACGGUCAGCUAUGGCCUCAAGAAAUGUAUGCCCAGCAUAAGUCAUCUAGUUAUAAUAACAAUAAUAAUAAUAACAACGAGCAUUGCUACUCGCCGGAGAGUGCGGCGCAGUUUCCCGCUUAUUUUAAAGACUCCAAAGGUAUCGCUCAUGGAAUCUUUGGUAACUCCAGCAAGAGUCUGCCGGAAGUAAUACAACAAGGACGAAGUGCUGGAAUGCCGUUGUAUGUUCGAUGUCCGAUUUGCCAAGAGGAAUUUAAACAGAAAUCUACUCUGUUACAACACGGCUGCGUACAUAUCGAAUCGAGACCGUACCCUUGCGUCGAAUGUGGUAAGCGUUUUCGACAACAGAGCCAUCUCACUCAACAUUUACGUAUCCAUACCAACGAGAAACCGUUCGCUUGCCUUUAUUGUCGUCGUACUUUCCGUCAACGUACCAUUUUAAAUCAACAUCUCAGGAUACAUACGGGCGAAAAACCCUACAAAUGUGUCCAAUGCGGUAAAGAUUUCCGCCAGAAAGCGAUCCUGGAUCAGCACACCAGAACCCAUCAAGGUGAAAGACCAUUCUGCUGUCCGAUGCCAAGCUGCAGACGACGAUUCGGUACCGAGCAAGAGGUCAAGAGACAUUUAGACAAUCACAUGAAUCCUAACUCGUCCAAGAAACGUAUGUCUUUGGAGAGUAAAAUGAGACCUUUCGGACCGGGCGUAAUGUUGAAUUCGCAUCCAACUAUGGUGAAACCAGAAUUAUACUUUUCUCAAUGUUAUUUCAAUAAUCAACAACCGUACCCGUCGAGAGGAGGACCUGCUUCGCAGACGUCUCCCGUAGGAGCAUCGGUUAAUCAUAAAGCGAGUGAUUUUAAUGGAUCUCAAGGUUCGUUACCAGUUAAUGCUUCCCAGUCUCAAGUCAUGGUAUCCAACGGUACAGAUUUCAAACCACCGAGUCCUAUUCUAGCUCCUCCGAUAGCCGUUGUACAGUAAGAUGUCCCUCCGAAGUCGUUUCAAGUUACCGAAUUUUUUUUUGAAACCGGUUUCUGUGUACGUUGAAACUUUCGCACGGUAUAUUUUAUCGUAUUGAUCUCAUUUGUUCGAAUGUUUUUGAAGCUUUCGUGUCCACGAUAGGCCUACUAUCGAGAUGUGAAAUUUGUUCGCCCCUUUCUCCCUAUAUUUUUCACGUAUAGAUAUACCGUGUCGAUGUUGUUACUGAUUGCGAACCGGAGUAUGUCGAAUGUUGGGACCAGAAUCUUUAAUCGGAUGCUAUUUUUUUGUGAAGUCGUCGACUAACGAUGUUGGCUAUCGAAUUACGUAUUAGAGUAUUUAAAAAAUUACAGUAAUGUGCCAAAUAAUCCUUUUCAAAAAGGUAUUUUAAUUUUAAAAGCGUUACCUUUUUCUUAAGAAAUAAAAUCUAUCACGUAGGAUUCUAAUCAUCUGACGCAUUGAAACGAUGAUUUAUCGCUUUAAUUCAAACCAUUAAUAUUUUUUUUUGUUUUGUAAUAAUAACGAAUGGAAAUAUGUUGUAUGACAGAAAAUUUCCCUAUAUCGAAUCUACGUAAUAACAGACAGUUCUGUUUUUCUUGCCUUAGGCUUAAUCACGGUUACAUUGUGCAAUAUAUUUUUUUUUUCAAUUUAGAUUUAAAUAAAAAGUGUUGUUAUGUAGAUGGAUGGAGUGUAAAAACUUGAUUCUCAAAAGCAAUAAUCGCGCAAUUUUCAUGUAGGUAUGAUUUAACUUGUAAAGAAAAGUCAUCAAUUUGUAUAUACGUUCUAUUGUUGUAAUUUCAGUAUUUUUGUACAUAGAAUUUAGUGCGGUUUAAUUUCUUAUCGGUUAUAUUUUUUAACGAAUAUAAUGCCAUACUUUCGAUGUAGUUCCUCGUAUGCAUUAAUUUCUUUUUUUUUCUCUUCCUCUAAAGGGACUAUUAUUCUUUCUUACGUAUUUCUUGAGUAAUGCUAAAAUUAUUUCGUGCAUGUUUUUUGCUUUCAUUCUUUCUGUUUCGUCAUCGUCAUUACAUUCCUACAAGUUGGAAUAAGAGUGCUAGAAAAUUUGACCGAAGCGAAAAAUAUAUAAAAAUCGUCGCUAAUUUUUUCAUCUACGCCGGUAUACCGUUUAUUUUUUGACCUACUGAAAGAUUUCGAAAUGAAAUAAAAUAUUUUUUAAAACGCAGCUGAUAUUAAAUUAUGCUACUUCAGAACUUUCCAUAGUUUUGCCAAUUUGUUGAGUAGGUAUUUGGCUUAAAAAAUAUGUGAAAUUAUUAUUUUUAUUUUAUCAGUACGUGAAUUUAUAUGGAGAAGAUUAUUACAUUUUUGAAGAGAAUGUUCUGUGAUCAAUUUUGUAUUUAUGGUAAACGUAAACUUCUUUAUAAUGAUUUUAUUUUAUUUUUCUAGUAUUUUACGAUUUCGACUGAUUUUUAUGGCACAAAUUGUUUUAAUGAAAUGGUCCUUUUUUUUCAUUUCCUCUAUAGCUACAAGUCUUCCUCGAAUUAAUAAAAAAUAUCAAUAGAAAAAUCAGCUUUUAAUUUUCGAAAUGAGUUAUAAAAAAUUUUCAUCUGGAUACAAAUUUGAUAAACAAUGAUUUUUUUUUUUCUAUCCAUCAGAUCGUUGAAAAUGUUGGUAGAGUGUAGUGAUAAAUGUAAAUGUGAUAUUUAUUAAGGUUUUGUAGUUUUCGGUACAGGAAUUUGUAAGAGAUUUAUUUUAUACCAGUUUUCUAUUCAGGAAUUUGAUUUUGUUUCGUGUAUAAAUGUAUCAUAAUUAUGAAUUCUUGUAAAUUGAUGUGUAAACAUACUUAUUUUCAUAUUUCCUUAAUAAAAAUGCAUUUUACAAUC